GAGUUCGGGCUGGUGGAGGAGAAAGUGCUGUGCCGGAUCCACUACGACACCAUGAUCGAGAACCUCAAGCGAGCGGCAGAAAACGGCAACGGGAUCACGCUGGAGGGGGCUGUGCCCUCGGAGCAGGACAGCCAGCCGAAGCCGGCCAAGAGAGCCCGCACCUCCUUCACCGCCGAGCAGCUGCAGGUCAUGCAGGCACAGUUUGCUCAGGACAACAACCCCGACGCACAAACGCUUCAGAAGCUGGCGGACAUGACGGGGCUGAGCCGGAGAGUCAUUCAGGUUUGGUUUCAAAACUGCAGACCCCGCCAUAAAAAACACCCCCCCCAGCACACGGUGCCGCCCUCGGGAGCGCCCCCGCCCCGCAUCCCCUCCUCGCUCUCCGAUGACAUUCACUACUCGCCCUUCAGCAGCCCCGAGCGGGCCCGCAUGGUGACGCUGCACGGAUACAUCGAAAGUCAGGUACAGUGUGGACAAGUGCACUGUAGACUCCCCUACACUGCUCCACCAGUGCACCUCAAAGCAGACAUGGAAGGACCACUAUCUAAUAGGGGUGAGAAGGUCAUCCUCUUUCAGUACUGA